AACUGUUUUCAAUUAAUGUGAUGUUCAACUGUGUGUCUGUCGGUGCAUUCCCGUGAUUUUCUCUGACAAUCCAUUGCACAUCCCCACAAUACUAUAGUCUUGGUCAGUUGUACCUAAAGCUUUAACUCAAAUCACUUCGUUAAACCCGACAAAACCCUCUUUCCUUAAAAAUAUUGAUUACACUCACUAGUCUCUGAGAUAUCGGCUUUCUUUCUUUCAUUCGAAAAAACAAAUCUUUUAUUUUGGGUGAAUGCUAGCUAGCUGAUACAGAAAUUAGUUAAAUAGAAAGAAAGAUGAUGGGUUUUUUGAUGAGAAAAGAUGUGAGAAAAUUACUCAAGAGGAAGGACAGUGAUGCUGGUGAAAAAGGAAGAGCAUUGGAGGAGGUACGGGCCUCUUUGUUUAGCAAGUUACGAGCAUUUGGAGGUGGAAAGCGUCAACAAACUACCAUAUGGGGGCCUACUGUUGCUUUGACAUUCAAUUUUUUUGUUUCUGUUAGUAUUAUCUUGAUGAACAAAUUGGUUCUUGUUACAGUCGGAUUUAAUUAUCCAAUUUUCCUCUCUUUCCUACAUUAUGUAUGUAGCUGGUUGAUAAUGGCUAUUCUUAAUGCUCUCUCCAUCCUUUCCUUGUCUACGCCAUCAAAAUCAACAAAAUAUUCAUCGUUGUUGUCUCUUGGUAUAGUUAUGUCACUUUCUACUGGGCUCGCAAAUGUGAGUUUGAAGUAUAAUAGUGUAGGAUUUUACCAGAUGGCAAAGAUUGCAGUAACACCAGCUAUCGUUUUAGCUGAAUUUGUUCUCUUUCGGAAGAAAAUUUCUUUCCUGAAGGUACUUGCUCUCGCUGUUGUAUCAGUAGGUGUUGCUGUUGCUACGGUGACAGAUUUGCAGUUUCACUUUUUUGGUGCUUGCAUUGCAGUAGCAUGGAUAGUACCAAGUGCAGUUAAUAAAAUACUAUGGUCCAAUCUCCAGCAGCAGGAGAAUUGGACUGCCCUGGCGCUAAUGUGGAAGACCACACCAAUUACGUUAUUCUUUCUAGUGAUGUUGAUGCCAUCACUUGAUCCUCCCGGUGUCCUUUCAUUUAAUUGGAACUUUUACAACUCAACAAUCAUUGGUGCCUCUGCUGUUCUUGGUUUCUUGCUUCAGUGGUCAGGUGCUCUAGCACUUGGGUAUGCAUUGCUUAGGCAACAUCUGCAACAACUCAUGUCGUACUUGGACAGUUUAAAACGUGUGUUAUUCUACUUGGGGGUUUUCUUCUCUUUGGUUCAAAUCCAGGUCCAACUAGCAUACUGGGAGCAAUUACAGCACUUGUUGGAAUGUCUUUCUACACUUACCUUAACUUGAAGCCGUCAUCGUCCAAACAAUCUCUAUCCAAAUCAAAGCUAGGCAAAGAAAAUGCAGAUGGAAGUCAUGCUGAUGAAUCUGUGUAGUGAACUCUGGACCAACAGACGAGUAAGUUUUGUGAAUGGAGUAGCAAUUCACUAGCCACGUACGACAUUAUUUGGCUAAAGUGUAUUUUUUGUUCCUUUUAUUUGGUAACAAAUGAUAGCUAACAUGAGCAUUUUAUAAAGUUACGUUGUAUAUGCAAAUACAAUGACUUUGGCUAUACAUAAUGUUUGUCAAGAUUGUUAUUAUUAUACGAAAUUGUUAUACGAAAAAUGCAACGGUUAUUCA